AGCUUUUACAAAUGGAUUCCCGAAACACCAUGAUGUGACCUGUCAAGCAUAGCAUUUGAUGUUUUGUACUGUUCUUAUUUUUUUCUAACGCACACAAUCGAGCCUCUACUGUGAUUUAUUUAUGUUUGUGGAGUAGAAUAUUUUGGAAUCUCCAAUGACUCAGACUGAAAAAUUACAACCUAAGUUAAAGGCGAGAAAAACCACCAGUAUUUAAGAAGAAUUGUACGUAAUGUGUUCUUUGCACGUUGAACAGAAUCUGCUAUGAAUCCUGUGAAUUCCUGAAUAAGAAAGCUGUAUUUAGUGGAAUAAGAAUAAGAAAUGUAUUUAUAAAUAAUUUGGACGGACAAACCUGUUUCUUUCGUUCAAGAAAUAGGUUAAAAUUAUUGCCAGACAUUCGGUACUCGCGGUAGAACACAAAGAAUACUCACAUAUAGAUUUUGAAUGUAUGCUGCAAAACACAGUUCCCGAUGAUUUGAACAUCGCUGGUCAAUCGAUUCCAUAUCCAAAAUGUUAAAAUCCAGCACGCAACAACAAAAAAACAUUCUCAACACUGUAAUUGGUGCUUUGCCAGAUAAUCGACCCAUAACGUCAUUGCAGCUGGUGGAAGAAUUUGAAAAAUGUCCCAAAAACUUCCAGCCCAUCAAUAAGACUUACGAUCAAGAUCAGGAUGCAGAUUUGUGGCGUGAAAAAAUGCUGAUAGGCAAACGGACGACGAGGUAUUUGUGUCAAUCUAAAUCGGAAGGACUGCCAGGCUACAUAGUAGAAACGUUAAAAAUAAUAAAUGAAAAAGAAAUUACUCCCGAGGGCUUCUCGCAGCUUACGAGAACUGCUGACACGGAACAGAAAGCAUGGCGCAAAAGACAACUCGUUUAUCGGUUGGCAAAAAAGGGAUCCACCAAGCAAGCCGUUACGGAUAUUAUACUGUGCUCUAGGCUCCGCCAAGCCCCGGAAGGGUUUACGCUAGCAGGUGAUAUAAACGGCAUUCUAGUGUGCUUUAAAUCUUCACCCGUUCCACAUCGGCCUUCUCCAAGUGUACCGUCACGGCAAAGCAUAACUGAACUUGAGAAAACUAUUGAAAAUUUGAAGAUACAGUCAAAUGCUGCAGCGGUACAAUCACAAGACCACGAAUACGAACAAUUGUUAUCGUCAUAUCAGCUUUCACCCAAGCGUGUAGCCCCAAAACCACCUAUAUAUUCAACUGGCACGUUGAAUAUUCACACCGACGUUGAAGGCGUUCCAUUUUUGCUCAAUCCCGCUCUAAAACAAUAUCCCAACGAUAUCCCACCCGUUUAUGUACUGACAGGCGCACAACAAGAAUAUGACUUUCAAUUGGAGCGACAAGUACUGUGCACAACAAAAUCCCAAAAUGAUCAAUCAACAAAUCCGUUCUUCCACUGAGACAAUGGAUUUCAAUUUUAUGUAGUUGCGCUCAACUUAUAAUAUUAAAAUAUGAGCUGAUAUGUAGUUUAAUCAACCAUUUAGUGAUAAGGUAUGUUUGAUAAGAAAGGGAUUCCACCUUUCGCGAUUAAGAGACGAAAGAGAUUCAAAAGUUCCAAAGUCCCAAAAGUCCAAGUCUAUCACAAUACAAACAACAACCUUCGUGAUUCGAAAAUACUGCAAUCUACACAAUGCAUUGAUUUAUUGCCUCAAAUCUGUCUUGCCUCAAAUGUCAGAACUUGGAAAAGUUAUGUUUAGAACAUCUUACUUUCCGGUUCCCUUCCGUUAGUAUAUUAUUGAUGUUGAGGAAAAUAAAAUGAUAUAUCAAGAAAUGCCAUUUUUUUAUAUAUAUAAAAACGUAUCUUGUCCAGUCGAUGCAUUAUUCCGGUAUCAAAUCCCAUCUGGACCGUAGCCCCGUAACUAGGAUUGACUAUUCGGCUACGUGGUAAAAAUAAGUCUAAUAAGCCAGAAAUAGUCAGCAUGAACAUGACUUUAGACGUCACUAAGUCAAGGUAAACACCGUAUAGAGUAAUGUACGAGAAAUUUGACCAAUAAAUACAAAUUAAACUAAA